GGCGUCUUUUUUAUUCGGGAUUUUCAUUUCCGGUUCAAAGGUUACAGCUGCUUUUCUCUGGUCAUGUAGGAACGUGCGUUUAACUCGAGUAGAGAAAGCGUUAUUAUUUAUUAAACAGUGGAUAACUGGAACCCAGCCGUGAUGUCUUCGUACACGUGUAUCAGCUGCCGCGUGCAGUUCACCGACGCUGACGUGCAGCGUGCGCACUACAAGACCGACUGGCACCGCUACAACCUGAAGCGCAAGGUCGCCAACAUGCCACCAGUCACCGCUGAGAACUUCCAGGAGCGCGUCCUGGCCCAGCGUGCGGCCGCCGAACAGCAGCUGGCAGACACGCACAGCCUCGCCACCUGCACCACCUGCAACAAGAAGUUCUCCAGCGCCAACGCCUACAACAACCACCUGCAGUCGCACAAGCACCUGCAAGCUGAGAAGAAAGCCAUAGCCGUCGCCCAGGAGGCGGUGCAGCGCAUGAACGAGAAGAACCUGGAGAAAGGAGCCGAGCUGGACAAGGACGCUCAGAACGAGGCGAUUCAGAAAGCCAUGAGGGAGGGGCUUAGGCAGAAACAGAGAUACGCCCACUCAGAAGCCACGCCCACGGAGAGGCAGGGUAGGAAGAGGCUGGAUAAAGCGCCACGGCUGGAGUGGUUUGAGAGGCAAGCCAAGAAGAUCGCAACUGAGGAGGAAGAGGAAGAGGAGGAAGAUGCAGCAGAUGAAGAAGAAUGGGAGGAUUUUGACGAAGACGACGACGACGACGAUGAUGAUGAUGAUGAGAUGGAGGCCGAUGAAGAGGAGCAGAUGGCGGAGGACAGCGUGGCCACGCCCACUCCCUCUCCAGGCUCCAUCCCCGUGACCGACUGUCUGUUCUGUUCGCACCACUCGCACUCUCUGAGCAAAAACGUGGCCCACAUGACCAAAGAGCACAGCUUCUUCAUCCCCGACAUCGAGUACCUGGUCGAUCUGAGAGGACUCCUUGCAUACCUGGGAGAGAAGGUGGGUUUCGGCAAAGUGUGUUUAUGGUGUAACGAAAAAGGCAAGUCGUUCUACUCGACCGAAGCGGUGCAGGCGCACAUGAACGACAAGAGCCACUGCAAACUCUACACCGACGGAGAUGCGGCGCUCGAGUUUGCCGAUUUCUACGACUUCAGGAGUAGCUACCCAGACGCUCAUGAUGGAACUGAUGUAGAAAUGAAGGACGGAGAGCUUCCCGAUGAGAAGACGGUGGAGUUUGAUGAUGACACUCUAGAGCUCACGUUGCCGUCCGGGGCGAAGAUUGGUCACCGCUCGCUGAUGCGUUACUAUAAGCAGCGUUUCGGGAUGCAGAGGGAGCUGGUACCUGUACAGAACCAGCGCGCUGUGGGCCGAGUGCUGAAGCAGUACCGGGCCCUCGGCUGGGCUGGAGAAGCUGGUAAAGGCUCGGUGCUCCAGCAGCAGAAGGACAUGCGGUACGUACAGAGGAUGAAGUCGAAGUGGAUGCUGAGGACGGGAAUGAGCAACAACGUGACUAAGCAGGCCCACUUCAGGGCCCAGGUCAUGUUCUAAUCCUGGGUUAAAUGAUCACUUUAUGAAUUUAGGAGCCUAAGAGACACUGGGCCCCUGGAGACCCGGCGUGAGGUUCUGUUUAACGACCUUAUUCACUUUCUUAACAAAUGAUUAACACCGAGGACAUUGAUGAUGUGAAUAGACUGAUGGACAGGAUGUCCAUAAGUGCUUAAAAAAACCCCACUUGCUCUUGUUUAACUCAGAAAAUAUAAAAUUAUAUCGCUUAGCUGAAACCCAGAACGAGUGAGAAUUUGGUCUGUUUUUUAUUUUUAAACAGCUAGCUCAUUAUUGUACUAUAGAAUACCGUAAAGCUUUUCUGUACACCAGCUUAUAAAUAAAAUAUUUUUUGUUGAUUGACUUCAAAAA